AUGGAGAACCCCGUGCCCCCCUGCGCCCUCUACCCCGGGGACGACCGCGGCCGCGGGGCCGAGGCCGGGGGCGCCUUUGCGCAGGGAGCGUGCGGCCAGGCCGGGGGCCGGGGCGGCGCGCCCGCGGCUCCGGGAGAGGGCAGCCUGCAGCCGCCCGACGCGCAGACACCCUGCAGUCUCCGCGCGUCGCUGUGCUUCAGCUCCGGGGACGGCUCCCCGCCGCAGUCUCGCGCUUCCGCGGCGGAAGGCGCAGCGUCCUCCCCGCCCUCGCGUCGCAGCGGCCAGCGGGUGGUGGAGCGGCAGUGGGAGGUCGGCAGCGCCGGCGCCGCGUCCGCCCAGGAGCCCGGGGACCCCGAGCAGCGCGCGUCCCCGGAGGAUUCUGAGCCCACGUCGCUGGAAGAGCUCGUGUCCCCCGAGGAGCCCGUGUCCCCCGAGGAGCCCGGGGACCUCCCACCAGUGCCCCCGGGCGUCGGGCCGGCGCACGGGGAGCCUGACCUGGUCAUCGAGGUGUCGGGCCGCCGGCUGCGGGCGCACAAGGCGGUGCUGGCGGCUCGCAGCGACUACUUCCGCGCGCGCGCGUCCCGGGACGUGCUGCGGGUGCAGGGAGUGGGCUGGGCGGCGCUGCGGCUGCUCCUGGCCUACGCGUACAGCGGGCGCAUGGAGGGCGUGCGACCCGACAACGUGGCCGAGGUGGUGGCCGGCGCGCGCCGCCUGCAGCUACCGUGCGCCGUGCAGCGCGCCACCGACGCCGUGGCACCGCAGCUGAGCCUGGCCAACUGCUACGAGGUGCUGAGCGCGGCCAAGCGGCAGCGGCUGUCCGAGCUGCGCGACGCCGCCUACCGCUUCAUGAGCGACCACUACCUGGACGUGCUGCGCGAGCCCGCGGUGUUCGGGCGCCUGUCGGGCGCCGAGCGCGACCUGCUGCUGCGCCGCCGCCUGCGCGCCGGCCGGGCCCGCCUGCUGGCCGCCGCGCUCGGACCUGCCGGGGAGCGCGCGGGCAGCCGCCCGCAGAGCCCGUCGGGGGACGCGGAGGGUCGGGGCGACGCCGCCGUCUACUGCCUGCACGAGGCGGCCGGCGAGUGGCGCGAGCUGACGCGGCUGCCCGAGGGCGCGCCGGCGCGGGGCUGCGGCCUGUGCGUGCUCUACAACUACCUCUUCGUGGCCGGCGGCGUGGGGCCGGCGGGUCCCGACGGCCGCGCGCGCCCCUCGGACCAGGUCUUCUGCUACAACCCGGCCACCGAGCGCUGGAGCACCGUGCGGCCGCUGCGCCAAGCGCGCUCGCAGCUGCAGCUGCUGGCCCUGGACGGCCAUCUGUACGCCGUGGGCGGUGAGUGCCUGCUCAGCGUGGAGCGCUACGACCCGCGCGCCGACCGCUGGGCCGCCGUGGCCCCGCUGCCCCGCGGCGCCUUCGCUGUGGCGCACGAAGCCACCACCUGCAAUGGCGAGAUCUACGUGUCCGGGGGCUCCCUCUUCUACCGCUUGCUCAAGUACGACCCGCGGCGCGACGAGUGGCAGGAGUGCCCGUGCAGCAGCAGUCGGGAGCGCUCCGCGGCCAUGGUGGCCCUGGAUGGCUUCAUCUACCGCUUCGACCUGGGCGGGGGCCGUGGCGACUCGCAGGCGGCGGAGGCCGGAGGCGUCAGCGUGUUCCGCUACCACUGCCUGGCCAAGCAGUGGAGCCGCUGCGCCGCGCACCUGCGGCCCCCGGGCGCGCCGUCCAGCCUGCAGCCCUUCCGCUGCGUGGCGCUGGACGGCACCAUCUACUGCGUGAGCCGCGCAGGCACCUGGCGCUUCGUGCCCCCGCAGGACAGCGAGCCGGGCGCGGACGUGGGCGCGGGCGAAGGGGGCAGCUUCGAGCCCGCACCGCUCCGCGUCCCCUUGGACGCCCGAGGCGCGCUCUUCCCGUUUGUGCUCAACUUGCCGGAGAAACCGGACCGAGGCGAGGAGGGCGCCGCGUAGGGCGGGCGGGGUCCACCUGGGCAUCUCCCUCAGGGACGCCCCCGUGGGCGGAGAUCCAACUGGAGGGGUUGGGGGGGGGGCACGGUCCAUGGGGACCAUUUAAACCCUUUGAAGUUGGAAGCUUGUCGAGGGGCCUUGAAGACUUUUCGCAAUGCUGUUUUAAGGUCUGCUGCCCUAUUCUGCAUUCCCUUUUGCACCGCUUUGCUCCAUGGGGUCAAUGGCACAAUAUGUAAGGUGUUUGUAAAGAGGUGACCUUACAAAUAUGGCAUGGGAUGUCGGAGGGAGAAGGAGGAGGAAGUGGAAGAUGAUGCCUGAGGAUGAGUGGGUGGGUCCCAGAGUGCCCAUGGAUUGUCCGGGGUGCUCAGGGGCGGUUACGCUCCCGAGUGGGAUGGAGAGUCCCAGACGGGAGUGUGCACAGUAGCUUCCUCGCUGCACCAGGAGAAGGCCCUGCACAUAGCUCAGGGCCACCGCCCCACGGGGGAGCCCCUGAAGUAGUCCACCGUGGGCUCUGUUGGCUUGAGAUUUACACUCAUAACCCAUACGCAGAGCUCUUGAAACUUUUUCUGCUUUAGUGAAAAGGCUCAUGUCAUCCUAUGUUCUAUUAUGGUUGGGUUAGUUUCCGAUGUCACAAGCGUGAAAGGUGGGAUCUGUCCCUGUCUCCUGUCCAACAAGCGGGGAAGGAUGCCUCUGUCUGCUGCGGAUCCCACAGAAGGGGCCUCACCCCCUCUCAAGGGCCACUCCAUCUCACCUCUCAACCCAGAGAGCUUACAGACUUUUGAGUUAAAGGGUGUUAAUGAUUAUAUCCGAUGUCCUAGUAAUGACUUACUUCAGAGAGCGGACCGUGAGUAGCAAAAGCUGACCCCAAGGAUGCUUGUCUGUUCUGAAAGGAACCUUCCUCAGGUGCCCUCUACAUGAGCAGCCACCUUCCUGUUCUCGAACGGGCACAAAGAAACAGGUGCCCCUUCCCCUCGCCCCCGAGAAGAAGGUUGAAACCCCUCUUGGCACUUCUAAAGACGAACAUGUAGGCACAUUUGGAACCCACUAGUUACCGAUGUUCGCAGGAUGUAUUAGGCCAUUCUGACGAGAGAGAUUAAUUUUUAAUAGUAUGCUGGCAGGAAGAUGUGGCAGUGACAGGAAGUAUGCUGACACAAGGGGGACGUAAUGUGUAUUUAUAAUGUUAAGUAGCAGGUAAACUACAUUUUUUCUAAUCGACUUCCAAAAUACCCUAAUAGAAUUAACAUCAAUUUCAGUACUUUGAGGGGUCACGAGCGUUAAAAAGAAACCAAGUGAUUGCUCAUUUGUUAUAACAUUUUACUUUCCAAACAGGUGUAGACAGAGUUUACUGUUUAUUAAGAAUUUAAGGGUAAAGUGUGUGCUCAGAAAUAGAGGCAAACCGAUCUGGAUUCUGAAUUGAGGCCAUUUUAAAAAAUUAUAAUAGGAAAAGUGCAUGUUGACAGUCACCGGCACUUAACCAGAGGAAAUCACGCACCCCCUUACUGCUUUUCAGUUCUUUCUCCAGUGGUGGGGGUUGACGUCUCUGUAGCAACAGUGGGUCAUUGGGAAAUAAGUUACGCUUUGUAAAGAGUCUGUGGUUGUGGAAGUUACCGGUUAAGUAUGUUUGGAAAUGACUAGCUUGCGUCAUGAUGCACAAGUCAGAGGGAUGGAGUUUAGGAUUUCUGUGAGAGUAUGUUCUGGUGACCUAUGUGCUCUCUCAAGACUGCUCCUGAGCCAAGAAGGUAUCUUGGCAGCCUGGUUCUUCAUCUUAGAAAAGAAGGACAGACUUCGCCUAGCCUGGCCUUCCAUAGGAGUAGAACGCAGAAACGGUAGCGGAAAGGGAAGUUAGAGCAAAAGGAAACAAUGUUCUUGUAAAGAAAUGUGCGCCUUGUGUCCUAGCACAUUUCCAUCUAGAAUGUUAUAUUUAUGCUAAAGCUUUUAUAUGAAAUGGAACCAGGCCAAUAUUUUCAUUCCUUAAUUCUCAAAUUCAUGAAAUACUACCACUGUGAUUUUGCUCGUGAAAUCAUUCCUGCGAUGUUUGCUGUUUUGAAACAAAAUGCUGUGGGAGUGAGUUUCCGAAGCAGGCUCGUCCCUACGGGGCACAUGGGAGGCGCUGACAGCCUCAGCGUCCCGUGCCCAGCUGGAGUUCUGUGUGUUGUUCUAUGAUUUAAUUUAACAAAGGCCGGCCCCAGACCUGGCAUCCCUCCUGCGGGAACUGGCCCUGGAUUUCCAGGGUUUGCCGCACUGGAAUGCACGAGCAAGCCCAGGGAAAGGCAAGGAUAGGUGGAUGGACGUAGAAGAGCGUGGAUCUUAUUUCUAAAUACAAAUGCCUCCUAGAAACAAAUGCCACGAGGACCAGUUUAUUUUGCUUUUCGGCCAGUAUUUGGAAUUGUAACCACAAGGUUUGCAGCAGUCAGGCAAGCAGGUGGGGGCCGGGGCCACGAUGCAGAGGACUGUGUGGUGUGGGGAGGGGCUGUUGGGGGGCAUCCCCUGCCGAGACUUGCCCCUGACGGCUGAUACUCCCAGGAGGGCCCUUUGCAGACGACGGGACGCUGCAGGCCUGCACCAGCGCCGGGUCGGGACGCCUCACUGUUCUCACUCAUUGUUCUCAUUCCCGGGUUGCUCGCUUUGCCGCAGACUCCUGAAGACUGGUCUGUCAGAGGCCAGCGCGUCUGAUGUGUGUAGGACCACCCAUAACUCUCGUGCAGGUGACCCCGGCACGCAGACAUUUCCCCAUGUCCCCAUAUGCGAACGAGCAGUGGGCUUGUCCGGGGAGACUGCAGUGGACAGAAAGGUCCGGCCUUUGGCUGGCCGACAGCCCUUGUCCAUGGAGACUCACUCGAGCCGCAGAGACACGGGCAGGCGAUGUCUUCUUCCACACGUUUAUUCUUGGUCUUGGGAACAACCUGAGCCCCAAGCGACCCUUGGCAGCUUUUGAGCUGGACUUGGGCCUUGCUGUUGGGGUUUCUGCAUCCCUGGGGUCCCCUCUAAGAGGGCACACAGACGCCGUGGCUGCGUGGCUGCUGCGGUUCGAACUCUUACGCGUGCAUUUUGCCGCAGACACUCAAGAAGCGCAGCCGUCUGCCCCAUCGGCGCCGUUUCUGGUGCCUUUGGUAAUGCUGGCUCAUCGGGCGGGCUCUUGGGUAACUUCCUGUGAACAAUUCUCAAACGGGAUGUGUUUGAGGUCCUUGGCUGUAUUUUCUAAAGCUGAGGUCCGUUGGGACCACAGCUCGCGGGAGCACCUGCAGGGCCGAAUGGCAGCAGAUGGGCUGCUUGUGUUUUAUUUUAGAUGCUUCCCCAGCUUAUGGAAUGUGUAGUCGGGCAUUCAAGAAAUCCCACCUUCUCACCCUGUUCCUGGGCUGUGGUAUUCAUGAGAAGAUGGGAAGGGAGACGCACACGCGCCAGCGGCACCCGCCUUUCUGCCCCGGCACCCCGGACCUGCCGGUGUGCACGGCCAGGCCCCCGCGCUCCGGUGCCAGGCAUGCCGCUGUGACGCGCCGGGACUCUGCUUUCGGGGAGCCGCAGUGCAGGCUGGACGUAUCUCCUGGGAGGAUUCCGCCCUCCACGGCUCUAACAAGCGUGGACAGACUGCAGGGGGGCAUCGAGUGAAGAUGCACCAGCCCUGCUCCCCGCAGGUCAGGCCCGCAGACGCUGUACGUGCAGGGAAUGAGCGAACGCUUCGGUUUCUCGCGCCUGGGCGCAAUUGCUGUGAAGCCUUGUCCGUGUCUGCUUACGCCACGAUGAAAUAAAUCAUUGGAAAUGCUACUGCUCCUGAA